GUGUGUGUGUGUGUGUGUGUGUGUGUGUGUGUGUGUGUGUGUGUGUGUGUGUUCAGGUGUGUCAUGUGGACUGAAGACGACCAGAUCUUCUUUUUCAAUCCCACAAUCCACCUGUCUGUCUGGGAGAGACCAAGGGAUCUGACUGGUCGAUACAUUAGCCGCAUCAUCGAAGACCCGCCCCACAAGAGGAAGAAGACACCUGUCGACAGGAGCUCCAGCUGUCAGUCACCUGGUCUCCAUGGUAAUAAAGAUGAUGAAGACGAACACAUCUCUAAGAGGAACAGAAUAGAGGAGCCAGUGUCUCUCGCCCCUCGUCCUGCAGAAGUUCAGCUCCUCCCACUGGAGCUACGCAUCACACAUUUCAGAGACAUGAUGCUGGAGCGCCGGGUGUCGGCGUUCUCCACCUACGACAAACAGCUUCACAAGAUGGUGUUCGACCCUCGGUACCUGCUGCUGACGUCACAUCAGAGGAAACAGGUGUUUGAAGAGUUUGUGAAGAGCAGAGUAAAGGACGAGUACAAAGAGAAUCAGAGUAAACUGCAUAAAGCUCGCGACAAGUUCAAGCAGCUUCUAGAGGAAGCAAACAUCACCAACAGAACCACUUUUAAGGAGUUCUGUGCUCGUUACCGUGGUGACCAGCGGUUCUACACCCUCAAUAGGAAGAAGGAACAGGAAGUCCUCUUCAACCAUUACAUCACGUCCUUGAAGAAACGAGACAAGGAGAACAGAGGCAGAGGCAUCCUGCUGCUUGCACAAAUGUAUCCUCGUUUCAAACACUUGAACCAGUCCUGAACCUGGAACCGGUUCUAACUGGUUACGACUGUUUCGAACCAGUUCUAACUGGUUCUAAGGGGUCUAAGUGGUUGUUGUUUUGACGAUCUCCCAUCACUGAACGAAGUUCCACGGCAUCAGAUUGGAUCAGAUGAACUUGUCCAGAACCAGGUUAAAUUGAUCCAAGAUCAUAAAAGAACUGAGCCAAGUGAAAGUGGAACAAACUGGACCUGAGACAGAAUGGUAGCACCUGCCUGUCUGUUCAUCAGCCUGUCUCACUGAACAAUUGACAGUUCAUGAUCAGUAAGAUCAGGAACUAACACCAGUUCAUCAGUGUCACAUCACCUGUUCAUCACCUGUUGAUUGGAUAUUGACCUGAAGAUUUCUGAUGAUGAUGUAAGAGCUGCACUACUCACAAGUCAGCACUAUGUUGAGCUGUGAUUGGACAGAUUUUGUGUGCUGAUGAUCUGACUGGAUGUUUGUGUCCUGACUUCCCAUUGGAUGGUGUUUGUGUGUUCUAACGUUUUGUUGGCUGUUCAUGUUUUAAAUUAAACUGUUCGUCAAAC